AUGGCUGAUGAUGAUGAUGACACUGCCGCCGCUUGGGAUGCUGGCGGAGUACAAGCCUUCAGCCAGUGGGAAGAGGUGGAUUGCGCUGUGCCGUCAGACCAAACUACACAUCAGUGCUGCUGGCUGGAAACUUCGGUAGCCACAAAACUGUUCACAACCAAGCGGUUGCGCGAUCUGAAGCCCAAGCUAGAGGAGAUCCGGUGGCAAAUCAACGAGUUGCACAGAGAAAUCUGGAGCGGCUAUGAAGCGAUGGGUGCCCACUUCAUGGAUGACAGAGUCGGCGAAGGACAACAUCGCAUUACGAUCGACGAGAGCGCUUCCAGCACGGAGCUCAAUCGCGAGUUCUUGGCGGACGAAGCUUUGCAAGCUGCAUGGGAGAAGAAGUGGGCUGCGGCGUUGCUCAGACUGCUGGGUGGAGGGAAAGGACGUGUGAACAUUACCAUGUGUGCAACGAGGCGACCUUGGGCAUUGCGGAAUGCGCAGGAGGAGAACCUUCAUUUUCUUGCGUCACAAGCUUCGCUGCGAGACUGCAAGAAUGUGUGGUACCUGCUGAAUGAAAGGGAACGUCAAUUAGUUCGACAACUCGAUGCCGACUACUACCAUCGUUAUUCUGAAGAUCCCGCUGGCAAUCCCAACCUGGUCUACUUUCUUGGAGAUCGGUAUGAGUUUGCCAAGACGUGGUCUGCAGUAUCCAGAGCGAUUCCUACUUACCGGAAAAACACGGGCAAGUUCCUGUUCCGAAAGGAGAUGGUGUUUCUGUCUCACAUUGACAAGUUGGCUAGCCUUGGCUGGCCCAUGACUCCUCAGUGUGGAAUGGAAAUGGGCACUACACCUUUGCCAGCUAUGGACCCGGGCAGGGCGCACAUUAUGGCUGGCAACAGUAUGCACUUGACAUGUGCAGCUUUGGUCUUGCUUCUGGGCAUGGUUUGUUUUGCCAAGACAAAUGUCUCCGCCAAAGACUAA